AUGUCCGAGAAAAAGCAAGACGAGAUCUUACCCCCCGAACUGGGCCACAUCGAGUAUAUCGAGAAGGGUCAGGGUCCCGAUGAGGAUGCGGUUUUUGGAGAAAUCACCGAAGAGGGUCCCAAUUAUCGCAAUGUAGGAUGGCUGGGCACCACAGCCCUCAUGAUGAAGACCCAGAUCGGUCUGGGCGUUCUUUCGAUCCCGUUAGCCUUCGACACCCUCGGCAUGAUCCCAGGAGUCAUUGUCCUCUGCGCGAUUGCUACGAUUACAACAUGGUCCGACUAUAUCGUGGGUGUCUUUAAGUUGGCCCACCGGGAUGUGUAUGGGAUUGAUGACACUGGGGCCCUCAUGUUUGGGUAUCCCGGUCGGAUUCUUUUCGGCGGGGCAUUUUGCCUCUAUUGGAUUUUUGUCGCUGGCUCUGGAAUGCUUGGGAUCUCCAUCUCGCUCAAUGCAGUCUCCACCCACGGCGCUUGCACGGCCAUCUUCGUGGCUGUCGCCGCUGUUGCGGGCUUCAUGCUUGCGAGCAUUCAAACCCUCGGUCGUAUCAGCUGGAUCGCAUGGGUUGGACUGUUCGGCAUUCUUACAUCGAUCUUCAUCGUCACGAUUGCUGUCGGACUCCAGGAGCGCCCAUCUGCAGCACCACAAGACGGCGUUUGGGUCUCCGACUAUAAGCUCGUGGCCAGCCCUACCUUUACCCAAGCAAUCACAGCCAUCUCCUCGAUCGUCUUUGCCUAUGCAGGUACCCCGGCCUUCUUCUCCAUCGUCUCCGAGAUGCGCGAACCCCGCCAUUAUACCCGAUCCCUUGUUAUUUGCCAGUCCGUGGUGACGGUGGUCUAUAUUGCCAUCGGCUGUGUGGUAUACUAUUACUGUGGAUCCUACGUUUCCUCACCAGCCCUGGGCUCCGCUGGCCCGACGGUCAAGAAGAUCAGCUAUGGCUUUGCGCUACCGGGUCUCCUGAUGACCACACUGCUUGUCAUCCAUUUACCCGCCAAGUAUAUUUUCAUCCGCCUCCUGCAAGGCUCGAGGCACCUGACCGCCAAUACCAUGAUCCACUGGGUGACCUGGCUCAGUUGCACUUCGGGUAUCGCGAUCGUCGCAUACAUCAUCGCCAGUGCGAUCCCCGUGUUCAAUGACCUGGUGUCCCUGGUUGGCGCCCUCCUGGGCACUCUGAUGUCCUUCCAACCGAUGGGCUGCAUGUGGUUAUAUGAUAACUGGAGCAAGGGCAAGAUCAGCAAAUCGCCCAAGUGGAUUUUCAUGGUCUGCUGGAGUGGCUUUGUUAUUCUGUCCGGCACUUUUCUGAUGAUCGGGGGUACGUACGGAUCGAUUGUUUCCAUCAUGGACAGUUAUAACAAGUCCGGUGGCUCGGCAGCCUGGUCCUGCGCUGAUAACUCCAAUUCGGUCUAA